AUGUUGACCGAUUCAGCCCAGACUGUGCUCGCUGUGGUGUUUACUGUGCUGAUAAUCACAGAUAUCGUCGGGAACACUCUGGUUUGUGUUGUUCUGAUUAAAAACCAAGACAUGAGGACGCCUAUAAACUAUUUGCUGGUCAAUUUGGCUUUUGCUGAUAUCAUGGUAGCGCUGUUUAUAGCGCCACAGUUUGUUCUGAUCCACACUUUCCAGCAUCCUGACGGAAUUGUAGGAUCAUUCCUGUGUAAAUUCUUGACCGGGGGAAACUUGAUGUGGACAGGAGCAACUGCAUCUGCGUUUAGUCUGGUCGCUAUUGCAUUUGAGCGUUACUUUACUGUAAUGCCCCCUUACAGUAACACAAGGAAACUAACACAUAGAAAACUUAAGGUUAUAAUCCCUGUUCUUUGGAUUUCUGUUUUGAUUUUAAACACACCUCUCUUUUUGACGUCCUACUUCGAUGAAGAAAACCAAUUUUGUACGGAGCACUGGCCCGAGGAAUGGAUGCCCAAGACUUUUAGUGUAGCUUGGUUUGUGCUGCUUGGAGCUUUGCCGAUGUUGACCAUGAUAGGGCUGUACUCUAAAGUUGUCUAUUCUCUGUGGAUCAAAGACGAAGAACGUGUUAGUGGAACUCAACAGGGUGUCAUAAGAGUGCGUAAGCACGUCACAAAAAUGGUUGUUGCAGUUAGCAUCAUUUACGGACUCUGUUGGACUCCAGACCUCGUCAUCUAUGCCAUGAUACACUUCGGCUCCAAGCAUAGCCUUGGUGACGCGGCUGACGUCAUUUCCGUUGUUUUAGUGGUGUGUAACUCAACGGUUAAUCCCUUUAUUUACGCCCAUGUGAACAGUCGCUUCAGGAAGCAUAUUAAGGCUUUGUUGAGUUGCCAUGGUAGUGGUGCUGACAGAAACAGAGUUUAUGCCAUGGGAAGAGGCAAUGAUACCUCGAGAACAAGAGGGAUUAAUGCUUUGACCAUCCAGGGAGAUAUUCAGCCUCUGAGCCGACACGGAGUUACUCUUAAAAUUAUCCGAGAUUCUGUGGAACCGGGAGAUCCGGAAUAAGAUUACACGCCAUGGAACCAGAAUAAACCUACGAUAAAACACUGAAUCAAGUCCAUGUCCAGUAACACAGACCUAGAGCUGGAAAUAAACAAGGUUAAAUGAUAAUGAUGCAUACUGUAACAUGUGAUAUAAUUAACAGCUAAAACUAGUCUUCCGUUCACCCGCACGUCCGACCCGGAUAAAACGAACGCUAUCACUUUUGUCGAUGUUUUAUUUCAAUAACGAUUUUGUCUUUAAGUCUCUUUUACACCUUGUGCUCUCCUAAAAUACGGCCACCUGUAUGGAACUUAUAAAAAGCACGUAUUUACUCGGUUAAGGUCAUUAGAUUCUCAAGGUAAACCAAAUAUAUCAAAUAAAUAAAACGAUUACAAGACUGGAUAAAUAAACAGCAUAAUAAAAAACAGUUUUUCUUUACAA